AUGGCUCUGCCCUGUCAAGUGACAAAGUACGGCCGCCAUUUGAAAAUCGUAAUGGAUGAUGCCAAGCUGGAGCUAGUUGACAAGCAAUCACCAGUUACCGUAUUCAUGGCAUCCAAAAAAUAUUUAAUAGUUGAAAUAAAUAUUCCUACUGAAGAAAAGGAUGAAUGGAGCAAUGCGCCGUCCGAAGACCGUUUUUUGACAGGUUUUACCACAAUCAUGGCCACAGUCAUCUGCCUUGCUGUUUUCGGUGUCUUUUUACUGAAAUAUAAACUACUCCUAACUUCGUCCAUGCCGCAGAAAGCAUUUUUUGAAUGUUCAGAACUCUCGCACUGCACGAGUACUACGAUCAGCAGCUUUACUGCAGUAACACGUACGGCACUCAUCCAGCAAUAG